GAGCGUCUCCCCCGCGGCGCCGCCAGCCCCGGGCCUCCCGGCCCCGCGAGACCCCGGCCGCCCCGCCAGCUGUGUGGCACCGAAGUUCUUACGAAGGGCGUCCAACUCUUCAAGGUGAACUAUGACCACUUUACUCCUGGUGUUUGUGACUCUGAGAGUCAUCACAGCCGUCAGCUCCCUAGAAGCUUCAGACCCUGACAACUCACUGAGUGUCAGCAUCCCCGAACCGUCCCCUCUGCGGGUCCUCCUGGGGAACUCCCUCAGCAUCCCCUGCUACUUCAUCGACCCCAUGCAUCCUGUGACCACCGCCCCCUCCACUGCCCCCCUCGCCCCGAGAAUUAAGUGGAGCCGCAUUUCCAAGGAGAAGGAGGUGGUCCUGUUGGUAGCCACGGAAGGGCAGGUACGGGUCAACAGUGCCUACCAAGACAAGGUCUCGCUGCCCAACUACCCGGCCAUCCCCAGCGACGCCACCUUGGAAAUCCAGAACCUUCGCUCCAAUGACUCUGGGAUCUACCGCUGUGAGGUUAUGCACGGCAUUGAGGACAGCGAGGCUACCGUAGAGGUCAUGGUGAAAGGCAUUGUGUUCCAUUACAGAGCCAUCUCCACGCGCUACACGCUAGACUUCGACAGGGCGCAGCGGGCCUGCCUGCAGAACAGUGCCAUCAUUGCCACCCCCGAGCAGCUGCAGGCCGCCUACGAGGACGGUUUCCACCAGUGUGAUGCCGGCUGGCUGGCCGACCAGACUGUCAGGUACCCCAUCCACACUCCAAGGGAAGGCUGCUAUGGGGACAAGGAUGAGUUUCCAGGCGUGAGAACCUAUGGCAUCCGCGACACCAAUGAGACCUAUGAUGUCUACUGCUUCGCUGAGGAGAUGGAGGGUGAGGUCUUCUAUGCGACGUCUCCAGACAAGUUCACUUUCCAGGAGGCGGCCAAUGAGUGCCGGCGGCUGGGCGCACGACUGGCCACCACGGGCCAACUCUACCUGGCCUGGCAGGGCGGCAUGGAUGUGUGCAGUGCCGGCUGGCUGGCCGACCGCAGCGUGCGCUACCCCAUCUCCAAGGCCCGGCCCAACUGUGGGGGCAAUCUCCUGGGCGUGCGGACCGUCUACCUGCACGCCAACCAAACAGGCUACCCGGACCCCUCGUCCCGCUAUGAUGCCAUCUGCUACACAGGUGAAGACUUUGUGGACAUCCCAGAAAACUUCUUUGGGGUUGGCGGCGAGGAGGACAUCACCAUCCAGACCGUGACCUGGCCUGACGUGGAGUUGCCGCUGCCCGGAAAUGUCACCGAGGGUGAAGCCCGAGGCAACGUGAUCCUCACCGUGAGACCCGUCUUCGGUGUCUCUCCCACUGUCCCGGAGCCCGAGGAGCCCUUCACGUUCGCCCCGGAGCCCGAGGAGCCCUUCACGUUCGCCCCUGUUGGAGGGGCCACUGCCUUCCCUGAGGCUGAGAACAGGACUGGAGAGAUCACCGGGCCCUGGGGUGUUCCCGCUACGCCCGGCCCAGCCUUCACCGCCUUCACCAGUGAGGACCAUGUCGUGCAGGUGACCGCAGCCCCAGGCACAGCUGAGGUGUCUGGGCGGCCACAAUUACCUGGGGGGGUUGUGUUCCACUACCGCCCAGGAUCCGCCCGCUACUCACUGACCUUUGAGGAGGCUCAGCAGGCCUGUCUGCGCACUGGGGCUGUCAUCGCCUCCCCGGAGCAGCUCCAGGCCGCCUACGAAGCAGGCUACGAGCAGUGUGAUGCCGGCUGGCUGCAGGACCAGACCGUCAGAUACCCUAUUGUGAGCCCACGGACUCCGUGUGUGGGUGACAAAGACAGCAGCCCAGGGGUCAGGACCUACGGUGUGCGGCCAGCAUCAGAAACCUAUGACGUCUACUGCUACGUGGACAGGCUCGAAGGGGAGGUGUUCUUCGUCACACGCCUGGAGCAGUUCACCUUCCAGGAAGCGCUGGCAUUCUGUGAAUCUCACAACGCCACCCUGGCCUCUACGGGCCAGCUCUAUGCCGCCUGGAGCCGAGGCCUGGACAAGUGCUACGCCGGCUGGCUGUCAGACGGCAGCCUCCGUUACCCCAUCGUCACCCCGAGGCCUUCCUGCGGCGGAGACAAGCCAGGCGUGAGAACUGUCUACCUCUACCCCAACCAGACAGGCCUCCCUGACCCCCAGUCCCGGCACCACGCCUUCUGCUUCCGAGGUGUCUCAGCAGCGCCCUCUCCAGGAGAAGAAGAGGGUGGCACACCUACUCCCUCUGUUGUGGAGGACUGGAUCGCCACCCAAGUGGGGCCUGGAGUGGCUGCUGUCCCUGUGGGGGAGGAGACGACUGCCAUCCCAGACUUCACCAUUGAGCCGGAAAACCAGACGGAAUGGGAACCAGCCUACAGCCCAGUGGGCACUUCCCCACCACCAGGGAUCCCUCCAACAUGGCCUCCCACCAGCACAGCAACAGAGGAAAGCACAGAAGGCCCUUUUGGAACGGAAGUGCCCUCAGCCUCAGUGGAGCCAUCCCCCUCAGUGGAGCCAUCCCCCUCAGAGGAGCCAUCCCCGUCAGAGGAGCCGUCCCCCUCACAAGAGCCAUCCCCCUCAGAGGAAUCUUCAUUCCCCUGGGAGGAGCUGUCCACACUUUCACCCUCAGUGCCCAGUGGGACUGAGCUGCCAGGCUCUGGGGAAGUAUCUGGGGUACCUGAAGUCAGUGGUGACUUCACAGGCAGAGGAGAAGUUUCAGGACAUCUGGACUCUAGUACGCAACCCUCAGGAGAAAGUGCAAGUGGACUGCCCUCUGAAGAUCUUGACGCCAGUGGGCUCAACUCUACUGUGGGCUCAGGCCUGCCUGUGGGAAGUGGACUGGCUUCAGGAGAUGAAGAUAAAAUUCCAUGGUCCAGCAUUCCUAAAGUUGGAGGUGAGAGUCUAGAGACCUCUGCCUCUGGAAUAGGGGAACUAAGCGGGCUACCUUCUGGAGAAGGUCCAGAAGCUUCUGCCUCUGGAGUAGAGGACCUCAGCAGGCUGCCUUCUGGAGAAGGUCUAGAAGUCUCUGUCUCUGGAGUAGAGGACCUCAGUGGAUUACCUUCUGGUGAAGGUCUAGAAGUCUCUGUCUCUGGAGUAGAGGACCUCAGUGGAUUACCUUCUGGUGAAGGUCCAGAAGUCUCUGCCUCUGGAGUAGAGGACCUCAGCUGGCUGACUUCUGGAGAAGGUCCAGAAGUCUCUGUCUCUGGAGUAGAGGACCUCAGUGGAUUACCUUCUGGAGAAGGUCCAGAAGUCUCAGCCUCUGGAGUAGAGGACCUCAGUGGAUUAACUUCUGCAGAAGGUCCAGAAGUCUCAGUUUCUGGAGUAGAGGACCUCGGUGGACUUCCUUCUGGAGAAGGUCCAGAAGUCUCAGCCUCUGGAGUAGAGGACCUCGGUGGACUUCCUUCUGGAGAAGGUCCAGAAGUCUCAGCCUCUGGAGUAGAGGACCUCAGCCGGCUACCUUCUGGAGAAGGUCCAGAAGUCUCAGCCUCUGGAGUAGAGGACCUCAGUGGAUUACCUUCUGGAGAAGGUCCAGAAGUCUCAGCCUCUGGAGUAGAGGACCUCAGUGGAUUAACUUCUGCAGAAGGUCCAGAAGUCUCAGCCUCUGGAGUAGAGGACUUCAGUGGAUUACCUUCUGGAAAAGGUCCAGAAGUCUCUGCCUCUGGAGUAGGAGACCUCAGUGGACUUCCUUCUGGGGGAGAAGGAAUAGAGACCUCUACCUCUGGUAUAGGGGACCUCAGCAGGUUGCCUUCUGGAGAAGCAUCUGCCUCCGGAGUAGGGGACCUCAGCGGGCUACCUUCUGGAGAAGUUCCAGAAGUCUCUGCUUCUGGAGUAGGGGACCUCAGUGGACUUCCUUCUGGAAGAGAAGGUCUAGAGACUUCUGCCUCUGGUGUAGGGGACCUCAGCGGGCUCUCUUCUGGAGAAGGCCCAGAAGCCUCUGCCUCUGGAAUAGGGGACCUCAGUGGACUUCCUUCUGGAAGAGAAGGUCUAGAGACCUCUGCUUCUGGAGUAGAGGACCUUGGUGGAUUACCUUCAGGAGGGGAGGGUCUAGAGACCUCUGUUUUUGGUGCUGAGGAUCUCAGCGGGUUACCCUCUGGAAAAGAAGACUUAGUUGGUUCAGCUUCUGGAGCCUUGGACUUUGGCAGAAUACCUUCUGGAACUGUGGGAAGUGGGCAAGCUCCAGAAGCAAGUGGCCUUCCUUCAGGGUUUAGUGGUGAGUAUUCAGGGACGGAUCUUGGAAGUGGCCCAUUCUCUGGUCUACCUGACUUUAGUGGACUUCCCUCUGGAUUCCCAACUGUCUCCCUAGUGGAUACUACCUUGGUGGAAGUGGUCACAGCUACCAGUGCAAGUGAACUGGAAGGGAGGGGAACCAUUGGCAUCAGCGGUGCUGGAGAAACAUCAGGACUGCCCUUCAGUGAGCUGGACAUUAGUGGGGCAGUUAGUGGCUUCCCUUCAGGAGCUGAACUCAGUGGCCAAGCAUCUGGGUCUCCUGAUAUCAGUGGGGAAACAUCUGGAUUCUUUGGUGUCAGUGGACAGCCAUCAGGGUUUCCUGACAUCAGUGGGGGAACAUCUGGGCUUUUUGAGGUCAGUGGACAGCCAUCAGGGUUUUCUGGGGAAACAUCUGGAGUGACCGAGCUUAGUGGACUGCCCUCCGGACAACCGGAUGUCAGUGGAGAAGCCUCUGGAGUUCUUUCUGGCAGUGGCCCACCAUUUGGCAUAACCAACCUCAGUGGAGAAGAAUCUGGGAUCCCUGAUACCAGUGGGCAGCCAUCAGGGUUGCCAGAGUUCAGUGGGACAACUUCUGAAGUCCCUGGCCUGGUUCCCGGGACCAUGAGUGGCAGUGGCGAGUCUUCUGGAAUUACAUUUGUGGACACCAGUUUGGUUGAAGUGACCCCAACUAUGUUUAUAGAAGAAGAAGGUUUAGGGUCUGUGGAAGUCAGUGGACUCCCUUCAGGGGAGGCAGAUGUCUCGGGCAUAUCUGGGAUCAUGGAUGUCAGUGGCCAAUCUUCUGGAGCAAUUGACUCUAGCGGGUUGACAUCCCAGCCUCCAGAAUUCAGUGGCCUGCCAAGUGGAGUAGCAGAAGUCAGUGGAGAAUCCUCUGGAGCAGAGACUGGGAGCAGCCCACCCUCAGGAGCCUAUGACAGCAGUGGACUCCCAUCCGGGCUCCCCACUGUGUCUCUUGUAGACAGAACUUUGGUGGAAUCCAUCACCCAGACUCCGACAGCCCAGGAAGCAGGAGAAGGGCCUUCGGUCAUUUUGGAACUCAGUGGGGCCCAUUCUGGAGCCCCAGACGUGUCUGGAGACCACUCAGGGGUUUUGGACCUAAGCGGGCUGCAGUCCGGGCUGCUGGAGCCCAGUGGAGAGCCGUCAAGUACUCCAUAUUUUAGUGGGGACCUUUCUGGCACUGUGGAUGUAAGUGGAGAUUCCUCUGCAGCCACAAGCACCAGUGGGGAGGCCUCAGGGCUUCCAGAAGUUACUUUAAUCACUUCAGAGUUCAUGGAGGGUGUCACCGAACCAACUGUUUCCCAGGAGCUUGCCCAAAUACCCCCUGUGACACAUACCCCCCAGCUGUUUGAGUCCAGUGGAGAAGCCUCUGCGUCUGGGGAAGUUAGUGGAGCUACACCAAGGUUCCCCGGGGCUGGGCUAGAAGCGUCAUCAGUCCCGGAAUCCAGCAGCGAGACGUCUGUCUUUCCUGAGGCUGGGGUGGGGGUGUCUGCCGCCCCUGAGGCCAGCGGAGGAGCUUCCGGGGCCCCUGAGGUAGGUGAAGCCACCUCCGCCUUCCCUGAAGCAGAUGUGGAGGGAGCCUCAGGCCUGGGAGUGAGCAGCAGCACCUCUGCCUUUCCUGAAGGCCCCAGGGAGGGCUCUGCCACCCCGGAAGUACAAGAGGAGCCGACCAGCACCUAUGUUGUGGGCACAGAGGCGUCAGGCUGGCCUUCGGCCACUCCGAUGACAUCUGGAGAUAGGACUGAGGUCAGCGGAGACCUGUCUGGUCCCACAUCGGGGCUGGAUGUUGUUAUGAACCCCAGCGUCUCAGAGUCCGAGCGGAUCCAGCAGACCCAGCGCCCUGCAGAGGCACCUCUAGAAAUCGAGUCCUCAAGCCCCUUGCACUCAGGAGAAGAGACCCAAACCGCCCAAACAGCCACCUUCCCCACGGAUGUUUCCGUCCCUACUUCUCCACGAGGGACAGAUGAAUCCGCACCAACCACUCCAGACAUUGACGAAUGCCUCUCAAGUCCUUGUCUGAAUGGAGCCACCUGCGUGGACACCAUCGACUCUUUCACAUGCUUAUGCCUUCCCAGCUACCGAGGGGACCUGUGUGAGAUUGACCAGGAGCUGUGUGAGGAGGGCUGGACCAAGUUCCAGGGUCACUGUUACCGCUACUUCCCGGACCGCGAGAGCUGGGUGGAUGCCGAGAGCCGGUGUCGGGCCCAACAGUCACACCUGAGCAGCAUCGUCACCCCCGAGGAGCAGGAGUUUGUCAACAACAACGCCCAAGACUACCAGUGGAUCGGCCUGAAUGACAGGACCAUCGAAGGGGACUUCCGCUGGUCAGACGGACACUCCUUGCAAUUUGAGAACUGGCGCCCCAACCAGCCGGACAACUUCUUCGUCAGCGGAGAGGACUGCGUGGUGAUGAUCUGGCACGAGAAGGGAGAGUGGAAUGACGUGCCCUGCAAUUACCACCUGCCCUUCACGUGUAAAAAGGGCACAGUGGCCUGCGGAGAUCCCCCCGUGGUGGAACACGCCAGAACUUUCGGGCAGAAGAAGGACCGGUAUGAGAUCAAUUCACUGGUGCGGUACCAGUGCACCGAGGGUUUUGUCCAGCGCCACGUGCCCACCAUCCGCUGCCAGCCCAGCGGGCACUGGGAGGAGCCUCGGGUCACCUGCACAGACCCCUCCACAUACAAGCGCAGACUACAGAAGCGGAGCCCACGGGCCCCACGGAGGAGCCGCCCCAGCACAGCCCACUGAGGGGAGCCUCCAGGACGCGCCCAGGAUGCUGAGCCCAGGAGCCUCGCCAGGCUGAUGUCCCACACGGAUGGUGUCCCCUUCUUGUCGCUUUCUGUCAUAUAAGGAAUUCCAUUAAAGAAGGAGAAAAACAAAUCCCACAUUGUGUAUGCAACCGCUCCCCGGCCCCCCCCAAUUGCCAAAACUGCAUCUGAUUUCCCCCCCAAUGCCAAAGCCAAGCAAACGUAUUGUAACCCGUGGACUGAGUUUAGAGACGUUUCUUCAAUCUCCCGUUGUGCCUUUCCAGGGACCAGUGCAGGGACAGGGGGAGAAGGGGAGGGGUUAAGUUAAAUAAAGAAGAUUAUUUUUUGUUUCCUGACUUUAUCCAAGAGCAGUGCAAUCGUUGGUUCUUUCACCUCCAGGGAGAGCUAGGGGGGGAGGGAGGAAGGGGCUGGGACCGGACCACAGCUGAAUGUAUUGGAGGAAGGAGAGCUGCACCCUCUGUGUGGGGGAAGAAGCCUAGGGGAGAGGGGGCGGCCUCCGCUGAAGGUGAGGGGGCAGGAGAGAGCCAUGGAGGGAUCUUCCGCUGCGUGGGGGUCGGCUUCCCUCCCAGGGUCCCUCUUCCAGCAACCUCCUCCCACCGGAGCAGGUGUGCAGGUGUACAUCUCUCUCGGCAGGGCUGGGUGGGGAGGGCACCUCCUUCCCAGCGGGAGUGCCGCCCCACCCCCUCCCCUCCCCCCACACCCCCGGGACGGUGCAGGCACCAGAGUUCCGUGCACCUAUUUAUAUUUUUGAAAACUAAAGAUGAUGAUAAUUAUAAUAAUAAAGACAUUGGAAGAGA